UAUUUCAUUCACAAUUUCAUAAAAAGAGAAACAAAAACGAAUUGGAGAGAGAAGAAAUAGUAAAUAGUGCGAAAUGUCUACUGUAAUCCUAAAGUGCCGAAUUUGCUUGGGUGACUCCGAAGAAAAUGCUAUGCUCCCACUUUUCGAAGAAGUGCCGGAUGAGGAUGAGUUUUCUAAAAUAAGUAUCUCUGAGCAAAUUGAAUGCUGCUGUGGUAUUAAGCUGCGUAAAUCUGAUGAAAUGCCCUCAAUGGUCUGUGAUUCCUGCUCCGAAUAUCUGCGAAUGUGGCUUCGUUUCCGUCAAAUGUGUCUAAAUUCUGAAAUUUAUUGGGAAGGCUCCGCUGGUUCGGGUGCCUCUAAUUUAGGGGAAGAACUAGAAUUUCCAGUCGAUCAAUUUAUAGUGGAGGUGGAUAACGAAAUGGAAUUGGAUAAUUACAAUUGUGUGGACGAGCCAGCUGACCAAUUAGUAUCCAUUGAAAACGAGAGUGAUCUAAAUGCCCCACAAAGUUUAGUUGGGGAGCCAAAUGUGGAAAAAUCUCCAUCUCAGGAUGACAUAUAUUUUGAGGACGAAGAAUUCGAUGAACCUUUGUCAUCGCCUGUUCCCUCUCCCGAGCCCAAACAGAAUCCUGGUCGUCAACGCAAGCCUGAUCCUGAAUUGAAAUCUAAGCGUCAUCAGACCAAAGGUGAAAAUCAACAGGAACUAAAACUCGAGGACGAUGCACCAUUAAAAUAUGAGUGCAAUAUCUGUGGUAAUUUGUAUCAGACAAAAUCUACCUUUUUGGCCCAUAAGACGACAGCGCAUACGGAUUUUAAGCCUCAUCAGUGCGAAUUAUGCGACAAGUCAUUCCGCCAAAUGGGAGAACUGCGUGCUCAUAUACGUCGCCAUACGGGAGAACGCCCAUUUAAAUGCUUAUAUUGUGAUCGAAGCUUCUCCGAUAGGAGUGAGAAGUUGAGACAUGAGCGGGUCCAUACGAAUACGCGUCCAUAUAAAUGUGCAGUAUGCGAAAAGACAUUCACCCAUUCAACGAUCUUGAAAAAUCAUAGUCUCGUUCAUUCUGGGAAAAAAAAUUACAAUUGCGACAUUUGCUCCAAGUCCUUUACUUUGCUGCAUCAGCUAAAAGCGCAUCUCCAAACGCUGACACACAGAAACAAGGCAGCCCAACAAUCUUCCCAAACCGCAAUAAACUGAAUUAAACAACA